CUUCGUUUGAGGUUGUCUUGAGCAAAGCUGGUGGUUAAAAAAAUAAGAAAAGAAGAAAUGGUUAUGUUGCCACUAAAAAUUAUCUUCUUACUCGCGAUCUUCGGCGGCCUCACAUUCCCACACACCUCCUCCUCCGCCACCACGUCAGCCGGAGGCGACGAUGCUACCGUAUGCAUCAUCGGCAGCGGAAUUGGCGGCUCUUCAGUCGCCCACUUCCUCCGCCAAUACACCACGAGCCACCAUCCGAAAAUCCUAAUCUUCGAAAGACACGCCAUCGUCGGCGGCCGGAUGGCCACCGUUACAAUCGGCGGCGACGCCUUCGAGGCCGGAGCUUCAAUUCUCCACCCCAAAAACUACCACGCCUCGAACUAUACUAAUUUGCUAAAUUUGACGGGGAAGAGACCAUCCAGUUCAGACAGUUCAAUUUCAUUGGGGAUUUGGGAUGGCAAUGGGUUUGUUGUUAAAACCCUAAAUGUGAAUUCAAAUUGGGGGAUUGUAAACAAGAUUGUGUCUUUUUUUAAUGGGAUUUAUUUGUUUAUGAGAUAUGGGUUUUCACUUGUAAAAAUGGAAGGGUUUGUUGAUGAGACAGUGAAUAAGUUUUUGAAGUAUUAUGAAGGAGUGGAAACAAGGCCUGUCUUUGAGAGUGUUGAGGAGAUGUUGAAGUGGGCUGGUUUGUUUAAUCUUACUGGAAAGAGUUUGAAGGAGGAGCUGGUUGAUGGUGUUAAAUUGGCUCCUUUGUUGAUUAAAGAAUUGGUCACUGUCAUUACACGAAUUAAUUAUGGUCAAAGUGUCAACAUCAGUGGACUUGCCGGAGCGGUUUCCUUGGCAGGAUCUGGUGGUGGUUUAUGGGCUGUUGAAGGAGGGAACUGGCAGAUGGCUGCUGGACUAAUUAAUAGUUCAGAUGUUGAACUGUAUCUCCAUGAAGAAAUUGAUUCCAUCUCUUAUCUUGGAGAAUAUUAUGAGCUCAACUCCACGAAAGGAAAUUCUUAUUCAUGUGAAGUUGCAGUGGUUGCUACACCACUAGAUGAAUCGAGUAUUCAAUUUUCACCUCCAGUUUCAGUUCCUGUGAGGCAAUUACAGCACACACAUGCAACUUUUGUGAGGGGCCUCGUAAAUCCUGUAUAUUUUGGCCUGAAAGCUGUUUCAGAAAUUCCAGAACUGGUGGCCACAAUAGAGGACCCUCGUCUUCCUUUCACAAGCAUUUCAAUUCUCAAGUGUUAUAAUGAGACAGAUAUGACAUACAAAAUAUUCUCUCGUCAAGCAAUGACUGAUGCAUUACUGGAUAGCAUCUUUAGUGUGAGGAAGGAGACCGUUCGAAUAAACUGGGGCGCUUACCCUCAUUACAAGGCUCCUGAAAGAUUCGCACCCUUUAUUUUGGAUGGUAAGCAUUUGUACUAUGUGAACGCUUUUGAGAAUGCAGCCAGCACCAUGGAGACUAGUGCUGUUGCAGCUGAAAAUAUAGCUCGACUCAUCCUGUCAAGAUUUUUUGGCAAGGAUUCCUCUUGUCCGUCAGAUUUAAAGAGAACCUCCUGUUCAAGUGCAGAGGCGUUGCAUUCAGAUAUGUGAUUCGUAUGGAUGACACUGAGAAUAUAAGGGUUUUUUCUUUUCUUUUUUGUGAAAUCAAGACCAUGAAAUAUAUGAACUUCUUGUAUUAUACAACAGAAUUUCCUUGAAGCCAUCAAAGCAGCUUAUUGAAUGUAUAAAUAUACAAAGCAAUGAUACUGUGUACAUGUUAUUGAUGAGUUAUUUUAUUUUAGUAGA